GGAGCCGGGAUAUCCUGGUUUCAUCAAACGUUGCAUACUGGCCUAUAACACUCUUCCGAGAAUCAUUUAAUUUUUUCAUUGCAUAAUCUUGCUAUAUAUAUAUAGAUAUAUUUGUUGGUAUAAGAACGCUAGCAAAGUUGCCAACAUGGCGGCUUCGUUGGCCGGAGAAGACUUGUCGAGGCAGACGAGUACGAGUAGCAGGAGAAGCUGGCGUGCUUCGAGUGUUAGGGAGAUGUUUAAUGCACCAGACGUGUUUCAAAGGAGCAGCAGGCAGCAGGAGGUUAAUGAUGAAGAGGAGUUAAGAUGGGCUGCAAUAGAGAGGUUGCCAACUUAUGACAGGCUGAGGAAAGGGAUGCUGAUGCAGGUCACCAGCAACGGUAAUGUUGUGCGUGAUGAGGUUGAUGUUACAAAGCUUGGACCACAAGCCAAGAAACAGUUGAUGGAGAGUAUACUUAAGGUUGUUGAGGAUGAUAAUGAGAGGUUCUUGACGAGAUUGAGGAACAGAACUGACAGGGUGGGAAUUGAAGUCCCUAAGAUUGAAGUUAGAUUUCAGAAUUUAUCAGUCGAAGGAGAUGCUUUUGUUGGGACUAGAGCACUUCCAACUUUGAUGAAUACCACAUUAAAUGCAAUCGAGGCAAUUCUUGGAUAUGUUGGACUCUCCCCUUCAAAGAAAAGGGUUGUCAAGAUCCUUCACAGCGUGACUGGAGCACUAAAACCAUCAAGGAUGACACUACUUCUUGGGCCUCCUGCCUCCGGAAAAACAACACUGUUGCAGACACUUGCAGCGAAACCAAAUGAUGAUCUAAGGAUAACUGGCAAAGUCACCUACUGUGGCUGUGAAUUUUCGGAAUUUAUACCUCAGAGAACAAGUGCUUAUAUUAGCCAGCAUGAUCUUCACAAUGGAGAGAUGACUGUCCGUGAGACAUUAGAUUUCUCAGGACGGUGUUUGGGAGUGGGAACAAGGUAUGAAAUGUUGGCAGAGCUAUCAAGAAGAGAGAAGGAAGCAGGCAUUAAGCCGGAUCCGGAGAUUGAUGCAUUCAUGAAAGCCACAGCAAUGGCUGGCCAGGAAACUAGUUUGAUUACUGACUACGUCCUCAAGAUACUUGGACUGGAUAUAUGCGCUGAUAUUUUGGUGGGAGAUGAUAUGAGAAGAGGCAUCUCAGGUGGACAAAAGAAGCGUGUAACAACUGGAGAAAUGUUGGUUGGGCCAGCAAAAGCAUUUUUCAUGGAUGAAAUAUCAACAGGGUUAGAUAGUUCCACCACAUUCCAAAUUGUCAAGUUUAUGAAGCAGAUGGUCCAUAUUAUGGACAUAACCAUGAUCAUUUCCCUCUUGCAACCUGCACCUGAGACAUUUGAUCUCUUCGAUGAGAUUAUCUUACUUUCUGAGGGUCAAAUUGUCUACCAAGGACCUCGUGAGAACAUUCUUGAGUUCUUUGAAUAUAUGGGCUUCAAAUGCCCUGAAAGGAAAGGGGUAGCAGACUUUCUGCAGGAAGUAACUUCCAAAAAGGACCAAGAACAAUACUGGUUCCGAGAGAACCAACCGUAUAGAUAUGUCUCGGUAACUGAAUUUGCACAAGCCUUCAACUCUUUUCACAUUGGCCAACAGCUUUCAGAAGCUCUUAGAGUUCCUUAUGAUAAAUCGAAAACUCAUCCAGCUGCUUUAGUGACUGAGAAGUAUGGUAUUUCCAACAGGGAACUCUUCAAGGCUUGCCUUUCCAGGGAAUGGCUUCUAAUGAAGCGCAACUCCUUUGUUUACAUCUUCAAGGCUUUCCAGCUAACAUUUAUGGCAAUAGUUGCCCUUACAGUGUUCCUCAGAACAGAAAUGAAAUCUGGUCAAAUAGAGGAUGCAUCAAAAUAUUGGGGAGCAUUGUUUUUCAGUUUGAUUAACGUUAUGUUUAAUGGGAUGGCUGAGCUGGCAAUGACAGUUUUUAGGCUUCCUGUGUUCUUUAAGCAAAGGGAUUUCAUGUUCUACCCUGCAUGGGCUUUUGCCCUGCCCAUUUGGCUCACAAGAAUUCCUGUCUCCCUGAUUGAAUCUGGAAUUUGGAUAAUUCUUACUUAUUACACGAUUGGGUUUGCACCUGCUGCCAGUAGGUUCCUCAAGCAGUUAUUAGCAUUCUUUGGUAUUCAUCAAGUGGCUCUCUCCCUCUUCCGUUUCAUUGCAGCACUGGGCAGAACAGAAGUGGUUGCAAACACCUUUGGUUCCUUUACCUUGCUAUUAGUAUUUGUGCUGGGAGGUUUCAUUGUAGCCAAAGGUGACAUUGAACCAUGGAUGAUAUGGGGUUAUUAUGUUUCGCCUAUGAUGUAUGGUCAAAAUGCCAUUGCCAUCAACGAGUUUCUUUCUGACAGAUGGAGCACACCUCACCUGAACUCCACUGUUGGAAAGACACUUCUCAAGGAAAGAGGCCUAUACACCGAAGAACAUUGGUAUUGGAUUUGCGUGGGAGCACUUGCAGGGUUCUCUCUUCUGUUCAAUGUUCUUUUCAUUGCAGCACUCACAUUUUUGAAUCCUCUAGGAGAUUCUAAACCUGUAAUCUCAGAUAAUGAUUCAAAAAGCAAUCAGAAUAGGCAUGUAACCUCCAAUGCAGAAGGGAUUGAUAUGCCAGUGAGAAAUGCUCAGGCUAGUUCUGGCUCUAUUGUUAGUGUUGCAAACAGUCAAUCCAAAAAGGGAAUGGUUUUGCCUUUCCAGCCCCUUUCACUUGCUUUCAACCAUAUAAAUUACUACGUUGAUAUGCCAGCAGAAAUGAAGAGUCAUGGGGUUGAAGAAAGCAGAUUACAGCUGCUGAGAGAUGUGAGUGGUGCUUUCAGGCCAGGUAUUCUGACUGCAUUGGUGGGUGUUAGUGGUGCUGGAAAGACGACCUUGAUGGAUGUCUUAGCCGGAAGAAAGACUGGUGGGUACAUUGAAGGAAGUAUAAGCAUUUCAGGCUACCCAAAGAACCAAGCAACUUUUGCUCGUGUCAGUGGUUAUUGUGAACAGAAUGACAUUCAUUCACCUCAUGUUACCGUCUAUGAAUCAGUGUUAUAUUCUGCCUGGUUGCGUCUAGCUUCAAGUGUGAAGAAGGAAACACGAGAUAUGUUUGUUGAGGAAGUAAUGGAGUUGGUUGAGCUUAACCCAUUGAGGAAUGCUCUAGUUGGACUUCCAGGAGUGAAUGGUCUUUCUACUGAGCAGAGAAAGAGGCUAACCAUAGCCGUAGAGCUGGUUGCUAAUCCUUCUAUCAUCUUUAUGGAUGAGCCAACAUCAGGCCUUGAUGCUAGAGCUGCUGCAAUUGUUAUGCGUACUGUGAGGAACACAGUGGAUACAGGACGAACUGUCGUCUGCACAAUUCAUCAACCCAGUAUUGAUAUUUUUGAGGCAUUUGAUGAGCUCUUGUUGAUGAAAAGAGGAGGACAAGUGAUAUAUGCUGGACCUCUUGGCCACCAUUCUCACAAACUUGUUGAAUAUUUUGAGGCUGUUCCAGGGGUUCCCAAGAUCAAAGAAGGCUAUAAUCCUGCUACUUGGAUGUUGGAAGUCAGCUCCACGGCAGUUGAGACUCAGCUCAAUGUUGAUUUUGCUGACAUUUACGCCAACUCUGACCUAUACCAGAGAAAUCAGGAGCUCAUCAAAGAGCUUAGCACUCCACAACCUGGUUCCAAGGAUCUUUACUUCCCCACUAAAUAUUCCCAGGACUUUGUAACGCAAUGCAAGGCUUGUUUCUGGAAACAGUACUGGUCAUACUGGAGGAACUCACAGUAUAAUGCUGUCCGAUUCUUCAUGACAGUUAUGAUUGGUAUUUUAUUUGGUGUCAUCUUCUGGAACAAAGGAGAGAAAUUACAACAACAACAGGACCUGAUGAAUCUUCUAGGAGCUAUCUAUGCUGCUGUUCUUUUCCUAGGAGCUACCAAUGCUACUUCUGUGCAGCCUGUAGUGUCAAUUGAAAGGACGGUCUUCUACCGAGAAAGAGCAGCCGGGAUGUACUCAGAAUUGCCUUAUGCAUUUGCUCAGGUCGCCAUAGAGACAAUUUAUGUCGCAUUCCAAACCAUUGUAUAUGCUCUUCUUCUGUACUCGAUGAUCGGAUUUGAAUGGCAGGCAGACAAAUUCUUCUAUUUCUACUUCUUCAUAUUCAUGUGUUUCACCUACAUGUCAAUGUAUGGGAUGAUGGUUGUUGCUCUUACUCCUGGUCAUCAAAUUGCCGCUAUUGUUUCAUCCUUUUUGCUCAGUUUCUGGAACUUGUUCUCUGGUUUCCUCAUCCCUAGACCGCUAAUCCCUGUGUGGUGGAGGUGGUAUUACUGGGGUUCUCCAAUUGCUUGGACAAUCUAUGGUCUUUUCACAUCUCAAGUCGGAGACAAGGACACCCCCCUCCAGCUCUCCAAUGAUGCAACAAUGCCGGUGAAUAAAUUCCUAAAGGAUAACUUGGGAUUUGAGGAGGACUUUCUCAAAUAUAUUGUCCUUGGCCAUUUUGCUUGGGUCUUGGUAUUUUUCUUCGUCUUCGCCUAUGCCAUUAAACGCUUUAACUUCCAAAGGAGAUGAGAGAAGUUUAGUUGAAUUGUGGACAACCCUUGGAAUGUUAAGAUGUAUAUAUGAAAUUGUUGAUUUUGCAAUGUUUUUAUAUAUAUAUGGUAAGGGUGAAACAGAGAACUGUUGCCACUUUUCAUUCAACAUUCAAGUUUUUCAUGGUAAUUACUAGUUAUGCUCAGUAGGUUUUGGUGCGUUUGGGUCCCCCUUACGCUUCCUUUUGUAUUUUGUAGAAUAUAUGAAAGAAAAUUCUUUCCCUGUAAUGUCUGCAAGUUUGCAGUGAAAAUGGUUGUCUUUAAUCU